AUGGCAAGAGUUGACCCACACAACACUGAAUUGCGUUGGAGUAUUGUUAUUUCUCGCAGGCAAUAUCAAGUUCCUUGGCCAAAUUCCCUAUGGCACCUGGAUGACUAUCAUUCUUUGAUUAGAUGGAAGAUGGUUAUUCACGGUUGCAUGGAUGGUUAUUCCAGACGAUUUUCGAUGUGUAUGCCAUCUUUACUAUUAUAUCUUCUAUGCUAUGGAGUCUACUGGUAUCCUUGACAUAAAUAAUCCUGUUCAUCUUUUCACGCUGCACUUAAUUUUUAUUCCAAGGAUUAACAAGGUACUGGAUGAGUUUAGAGAAGCAUUUAACCACCACAAGGUACGCACAGAAAGAAACUGUUCCCCAAACCAAAUGUGGAUAAAUUGAAUGUUUCAUCCUGAUAAUCCACUGGCGCAUGCAGAGCUAGAUGCAGAGCCACGUGAUUUGGAAAUGACCCAUAUGGAUCAUCUUCAGUUGGAAGUGAAAACAAUGUAAUUGUUGAAGCAGUCCACUUGCCGCAUGAUAAUUUGCUAGCAUCAUUUAUUCUUGAAACAAUCGAUCCCUCGCAACAAUCUCAUGAGAUGGGGGUAGACAUUUAUACUGAAGCCUUAGAACUGGUAGUACUAAAGAUUGACGAACUAACAAACCCUUAAUGAACAUUUUGGUACAUGUCUACAUGAAACAUGUCUUAAACCACUCGAGCAGAGCAGACGUGUAUUUUUGAACUCCCGGUACAGCAGUUCGUGUAUAUAAUCCGUAUAGAAUCGUGAACAUAGUGAAAUAGCUUAUAUAAUCAAGCAAGAUGCAGAGUCUUAUCCACGACUUAUCAUUCAGCAAUAGAAAUAAACUAAUUUGGACAGGCUCUUUUGAAGCACUGCAGCAGUUUGUUCAAGAAGUAUUAGACCUGAACGAAGGAGAUUGGACUUCUCCUGGCGCCGAUGCUAAGCUGUUUGUAGCCAAAGGAAAAGACGUUGCAAUAAAAUGGUACGCGAAAUCCCAAACUGUCUCUGUCAGCGGGCAUGAUCGAGAAAAUGUCGAAGACAGAUUAAAAUCAGUAGCUUCUAUGGCGAAGAGUUUAUCCGAUGUAAAAAUUCCGAAGAACAAACGAAAGACCGCUUGCUCGAAACUACGUUGGAGACUCUUAACAAUAAGCUUCAGACCUUGGAGGAGGGGAUCAGUUCUAAAAUGUCUUCCGUCACUGACAUACUGCUAGUUCACUCCAAAGAAUUGAGAGAACUGAAAAACCUCGACUCUGACACUGAAUUGUCAUGGCUGAGAAAGGAAAAUGCCAGACUAAAAGACGAGAACGAAAAGAUAACCGAACGCGUAAACAACUUAAGCAUUGUGCUAGCUGAUUUACAAGACAAAGCCGCACGGGCUAAUGAAGAGAAAGCCAGUCUAAUGACAAGUAUCCGGCUAUUGUUUAAGGAUUUGGAAUCCACUCAACCAAUAAAUGUAAAUCACCUUGAAACUCCUCAUGACCAACAACAAGCUGUUUUGGAAUGUUCUUCAGAUACGAAAGACACAAACAGCGAACAUGUGGUCACUAUUCCAACAAAAAACAGUUUUUCACCCCUACUUGUUGAAGAAACAAAUACCAACGACAACGAAACCGAUGCAGACAAUGAAAACAACAGGCGACAACGGAGAGAUUCUGCUACCCAAACGGUGAAAAAAGAUCACAACAGCCACAAAAAGCCAAAAGACAAGCCCGCAUAUGAGCAAAGAGCAGGCUCGGAGACAGGCCAUCGUCUUAAUGUGGCCAUUAUUGGAGAUUCCAUGGUGAAACAUCUAAACCCCUCCAAGUUGCGUAAAGGCACAAAGCAUAAUAUCAACGUGCAAACCUUCAGUGGAGCCAAUGUUGCUGAUAUGCGUUAUUAUGUGAAACCAGCAAUAUCAAGAUCCCCUGACUAUCUGCUCCUACAUGUUGGAACUAAUGACUUAAAGCGACAAACCCCUCAACAAAUAGCUGGGUCAAUUUCUACGCUUUGCCAGGAAAUCGUAAAGGAAUCACCAAAUACUAAGAUUGUAUUAUCGAAAGUUAUAACCAGAUCUGAUGACUCAAGCCUAGAUUCCAAAAUCAAAGAACUAAAUUGCAAACUAUCACAGGUAUGCCAUAAUAAUAAAUGGGGUGUAUUAAAUCAUACCAAUAUUACAGCAGAUCACUUGAAUCCUUAUGGUCUCCACUUAAAUAAGCAAGGAACAGCCAAGUUGGCCAAGAAUAUUAUAGAUCAUUUCAAAAACUUAAAUUGACAAACGAACAAUCAAAAUAAUAUUACUCCCUCAGAUGAUAGUAAUAUACAGAGGUUUAAUUCCAUUGAAAACGAUAAUGCCAAUAAUGCUAAUAGCCCUCUGGGUAAUGAUGUAAAUAGACAACAAUCACACGCUAGCGGCUCUCUCUUUCCUAAACUUAAAGGUUUUAAAGUAUGUCAUCUAAAUAUAGCAAGUUUGAUAAAACACUAUGAUGAGCUUUUGCUAUAUAUGCAAAACAAACUUUUUGACAUUAUAACGCUUAACGAAACUAGAUUAGAUAGUAGCGUACUAAACGGUGAAAUUGAAAUUCCUGGUUAUGAUAUUGUUAGGCGUGAUCGAAACAGAAGCGGAGGAGGUGUUGCAAUGUAUAUUAGAAGCAACAUACCAUACACCAUUCGCAAAGACCUCUUCCCUGAUAAUUUAGAGUUGAUUUGCGUAGAAAUUAAAAAAUUUAAAAGUAAACCUCAGUUAAUUACAACAUGGUACAGACCACCAAAUUCCAGCGUUGAGCUGUUUAGCGAAUUUGAAAAUUUUUUAAAACUACUUGAGGACGAAAAUAAAGAAAUUAUCAUAACCGGAGAUCUCAAUUGUAACAUUCUUGAGCAGAACAAAAGUUUGCCUACUUCUAAACUAGUUGACCUGAUUGACAUUUAUCAAUUACAGCAACACAUACA